AUGACGUGCCCUUCCUCGAGCCUGGCACCAGAGGCCGUGACGUCUCUGGUCCAGCAGUACCUGACCAAGGCAUCGUGGAAGACAUCAGAGAACGCCAACUCUACAUACUCGCAUCAGGGCCUCAUCCAAUACGUAUCUACUCACAUAGUCUCCGAGUACUGGCUCAACCAUGUCUACUCCGAAGAGGUACGCCAAGCGGUCCAGGAGAACCGCUUCCACAUUCAUGACUUGGGAUUCCUGAGCGCCUACUGCUCGGGUUGGAGCAUAGAAGACAUUCUACUCCAAGGCUUCGGCGGCGUCGAGAACAAGAUCCAAUACGAACCUCCCUGCCACUUCAGCACGGCUCUACACCAGACUGUCAACUUUCUCUUCACCCUCCAGGGCGAGCUGGCCGGUGCCCAGGCGCUCUCCAACUUUGACACAUACCUCGCUCCUUUUAUACGCCACGACGGCCUGUCGUAUGACCAGGUCUACAAGUCAGUGCAGAGCUUCGUGUUUUCUCUCAACGUCCCGACGCGGAGCGGCUUCCAGGCUCCGUUCACCAACAUCUCGCUCGAUGUCAUCUGCCCAAAGAACCUGCGCGAGCAGCCGGUGAUUCUUCAGGGGAAGCACCACGCCGAGUGGACAUACGGCGACUUCCAGGAGGAGAUGGACGCCCUCAACCGUGCCUUUGCGGAGGUGAUGUACCAGGGAGACGGAAACGGCAACAUCUUCUCGUUCCCCAUUCCGACCUACAACCUCUAUGACGGCUUCGACUGGGACUCGCCGCGCUUUGAGCCCAUCUGGGCCAUGACGGCCAAGUAUGGCGUGCCCUACUUCACCAACUUCCUCAACAGCGACCUGAACCCGGAAGACUUUCGUUCCAUGUGCUGCCGACUUCGUCUUGAUGUCGGCCAGCUACAUAGCCGGGGCGGCUCGCUGUUUGGGUCCGUGCCUCUCACGGGCUCUAUGGGCGUCGUCACCCUGAACAUGCCGAACCUGGCUAUGAGGUCCGACGGAACCAAGGAGUCUUUCCUAGCUAUCGUGGACGAGACGCUUCGGGUCGCCAAGGACUCGUUGGAGACUAAGCGCAAGGUGGUCAAUGAGCACUCGGCGCUCUACCCCUACGCUGCUCACUACCUAUCCGCCAUCAAGAAGCGAACGGGGUCGUACUGGACCAACCACUUCAGCACCAUUGGGGUAGUUGGCAUGAACGAGGCCCUGGACGUCCUGUUCGGCGAGGGCAUUGCAGUCCACCGCGAGUUCGCGCUUGAAGUGCUCGAGUUCAUCAAACAGCGGCUGCAGGAGUUCCAGGAGGAGACGGGGAACCUCUACAACCUCGAGGCGACUCCCGCGGAGAGCACCUGCUACAAGCUGGCGCAGCGAGACCAAGAAAUGUCUCCACACGUCUCGCUUCCCAACUUCUACACCAACUCGACUAUGCUCCCCGUCGACGCCACCGACGACUUGUUCGCGGCGCUGGACCACCAGGAGCCGCUGCACCGGACUUACACGGGCGGCACCGUCUUCCACGUGCUCCUGGGCGAGCGUCUGCCCAGCUGGACGCACGCGCGGGACCUCGUCCGCAGCAUCGUCACCAAGUAUCGGAUCCCGUACGUCUCUCUCACGCCCACCUUUAGCAUCUGCAAGACGCACGGCCACAUCAGCGGCGAGUCGCAUACCUGCCCCAAGUGCGGGGCCGAAUGCCUGGUCUAUUCGCGCAUCGUGGGAUACUUCCGCCCGACGCGCGACUGGAACAGGGGCAAGAAGGAGGAGUUUAGCCUGCGCAAGACGUACCGCUACCCCGGGCAGGCCAGUCUGACGGCCGAGAAGCGCCUCUGCAACGGGCAGCUCGCCUCCGCCUUGGGAGAGCUCCAGCUCCCUAUCGCGGGCUUCAUACCGCAGACGUUCAGCGACUACCCGGGCAAGGUCCAGGCGAGCAUCAUGUUCACCUCGGGCUGUAACCUCGCCUGUCCGUGGUGCCACAACGGCCCGGUGGUGCGCGGGGAGGCCGACCCGGACUCGCCGGUGGUGACUCCCUCCGAAGUCCUCGACCACGUCACGGCGUCGGCGCACAAGAGCCUCGUCGUCUCGGGCGGCGAGCCGACCAUGCACGCGGGCCUGGUGCCGUUCCUGCGCAUCCUCCGCUCCCACCGCAUCAGCGUCAAGCUCGACUCCAACGGGACGUCGCCGUCGGUGCUGCGGCGCGUCUUCGCGGAGCGGCUCGUCGACUUCGUGGCCAUGGACAUCAAGGCGGCGCUGCCCCGCUACCGCAAGGUGGCCGGCCGCAAGGUCGACGUGUCGCUCCUGGCCGAGAGCAUCAGCCUGAUCCGCGAGAGCGGCGUGGCGCACCAGUUCCGCACCACCCUGGUGCCUGACCUGGUCGACAUGGAGGACCUGGUUGAGUGCAAGCGCCUGGCCGGCGGGCGGCUCACGGUGCAGAAGUUCCGGCGCGGCCCGACGACUCUGCACCGGCGCUUCAAGGACUACAAGGAGCACACGGACGAGGAGUUUGCGGCCAUGGUGGCCCGGCUGGCGGAGGUGGAAGCCGCGCGCGCGCCGCUCGGACAACAGAUCAUCCGCAACGAAGGCAAGCCAGCGCACGAAAUCUGCGCCGAGAAGGAGCUCAGUGCCUACUCGCGCUUCACCCGCAACAACUAUGGCGAGUUCAUGACUCUGUUCGCGAAGACGGUCGCCGAGCGCACGAAACCCGGCCAGCGACAGGAUGUUGAGGAGCAAGAUUACACAUUCCACGCCUACGGCCGCACCGAGGGCGUCUGCGGCAUCAUCAUCUCGGACCACCAGUACCCCGCCCUCGUCGCCCACCAGCUCCUCAGCAAGUGCGUCGACGAGUUCCUCUCCAAGCACCCGCGCUCCUCGUGGGCCACGGGCCAGCCCCAGUUGCCCAUGCCCGAGCUGCGCGACUACCUCACCAAGUACCAGGACCCGCAGCAGGCCGACAGCAUCAUGAAGAUCCAGAAGGAGCUCGACGAGACCAAGAUUGUCCUGCACAAGACCAUCGAGAGCGUCCUGCAGCGCGGCGAGAAGAUUGACGACCUCGUGGCCAAGAGCGACGGCCUGAGCUCCCAGAGCAAGAUGUUUUACCAGCAAGCCAAGAAGCAGAACUCGUGCUGUGUGUUGAUGUAG